AUGGGACGACGACCUGCCCGCUGCUACCGCUACUGCAAGAACAAGCCGUUCCCCAAGUCGAGGUACAACCGUGGUGUGCCCGACCCCAAGAUCCGCAUCUACGAUCUUGGCCGCAAGAAGGCUUCCGUCGAUGACUUCCCCUUCUGCGCCCACCUUGUGUGCGACGAGCACCAGCAGAUCACCUCGGAGGCUCUCGAGGCUGCCCGUAUCUGUGCCAACAAGUACAUCACCAAGACCUCGGGUAAGGACUCGUUCCACCUGCGUGUCCGUGUCCACCCCUUCCACGUCAUCCGCAUCAACAAGAUGCUUUCGUGCGCUGGUGCCGAUAGGCUCCAGACCGGUAUGCGUGGUGCUUACGGCAAGCCCUACGACACCGUUGCCCGUGUGAACAUUGGCCAGAUCCUGCUCUCGGUGCGCACCCGUGACAGCAACAAGGCCGUCGUUCUCGAGGCUCUGCGUCGCUCGCGUUACAAGUUCGCUGGUCGCCAGAAGAUCAUCAUCUCGAAGAAGUGGGGUUUCACCAACAUGAACCGCGAGCAGUACGCCGAGGCCAAGCAGUCCAACCGCAUCCUCAAGGACGGCUGCUACCUCCAGUACAUCAACAACCACGGCCCCCUCGAGAAGAACCUCCGUCUCCAGGCCCGUAUCGCUUCGCAGAAGUAA